GCUUCCGGAACAGGAGAGCUCUUGAAGCGUAGGUUUCCGGUGGAGUAAGGACACCGGCAUGGGGCGCAAGAAAGUGAGACCCCGGCUGAUCGCCGAACUGGCCCGCCGCGUGCGCGCACUGCGUGAACAGCGGAACCAGCCGCGAGACUCGCAGCUGUACGCCCUAGACUACGAGACGCUGACCCGGCCGCACUCCGGUCGCCGGCUGCCGGUGCGCGCCUGGGCCGACGUGCGCCGUGAGAACCGCCUCCUGCAGCUGCUCGCCCGCCUCCCUUUGUUUGGCGUGGGUCGUCUGGUCACACGGAAGUCCUGGCUGUGGCAGCACGACGAGCCGUGCUACUGGCGCCUCACGCGUGUGAGGCCCGACUACACGGCGCAGAACUUGGACCACGGAAGGGCCUGGGGCGUCCUGACCUUCAAAGGAAAGAGUGAGGAUGAGGCUCGGGAAAUCGAGCAAGUCAUGUACCAUGAUUGGCGGUUGGUACCCAAGCACGAGGAGGAGGCCUUCACUGCGUUCACUGCGAAACCAGAGGACAGAUUGAACCUAGUUCCCUACCCACCUCUGCUGCGGGCCAUGAUCCUCGCUGAACGACAGAAAAACGGGGAUACUAGCGUCCAGGAGCCACUCCUGAACCUGGAGAGGGCUCGAAUGCAUCCCUGGGAUUACCCUGCAAAACAGGAGACCAAAGGGAGGGCCAAGGGCACCGCAGUCUAACUGGACGGACAGAGGUCCUGUGAGUCAUUUGAUGGACAAGUGUCUUUGACUGUGCCAUACCUCCCCUUUUGUGGAGAGAGACCCUGCAGUCCUGACACACCUGCCAGUGAAUAAUGGGGCAGUUGACAAGCGGCUGUCAUUUUCAGGCAGCCCCUUGCUCGUUCCUCGGUCUGGAAAUAAACGCACGAAAUGGCUA